AAGUGACAGCUGCGUAAGCAACCGCGGCGGCUGCAGGAACGGCCUCGUCUGCAGGGGCUUGGAAAGAGCGCGGGUGUGAGCCGAUGACUUCAGCGUGCCACAAAUAAAGUUACUGCCCUCUCCUGCCCUGCCAAGCAUGUCCCAGGUCGGUGGCAGCCCCCGGGCCGAGGACAUGGGGCCACGCACUGAGGCGAACUCGUGCACGCCGAGCCGGGGCAGCCAGAGGGUCGAGUGCAUCAUCUGCUACUCCUCCUACGACCUGUGCAGCCGGCUGCCGCGCCGGCUGUACUGCGGCCACACGUUCUGCCAGACCUGCCUCAAGCGCCUGGACGCCGUCGCCAACGAGCAGCGCUGGAUCCCCUGCCCGCAGUGCCGCCAAAAUACGCCCACGCCACGCGGCGGCGUCACCAUGCUCGACCUCGACCUGGCCACCUUCCUCGCCGUCAAGGCUGACAAGGAGCAGCCCCGGGUGGCUGGACGGUCCCUGCCAGACACGGCCACCAAGGGCUCGUGCAAGGAGCCGGCAAUCACGCAGCAGCCGUCGGGGCUGUGCCAAGACGCGGUGCCCCAGGCCCCCCUCCCACGCUGCGGCUGCUGCCGGCCAUGCAUCUGCUGCGGGGUGACGGCAGAUUUUGAGAGCUGAGUUGGGGGACAUGGGGACAGCAGCGUGUGGGCAGGCUUGGCAUGGCUCAGUGGAGCCAGCCUGCAUCACAUACUGAGCUCCCAGGGUCUCACGAUUUGGGGACCCCAUGCCAUGCCAUGCCCCAGGCACAUGUGUGGACGGUAGUGGUGGGGCUGUCCCCGUAGCCUAGGAAGGGAUUCAGCUAUCUCGGGGUUUGCUCUCUAUCCUGCUGGGAUUUAGGGUGCAAUAGGAGGGGAUGAGGAUAUUUCCACCCUUCAUCCUGACAACUCCAAAACCUGGUACAACCAUCACGGGUGUCCUCUGGUGUCUGACCCAGGGCUUGCUGGUGCCCAGCUUUUCCUGUGCAUGCAGAUAUGUGAUGGGGACCCCUUCACCAAGGCAGGGGGUGCAGGAGCCUGGCACAGCGCAGCAAUGCAGAGAUGCUCUGGGGAGUAUCCAACACAUCUAUUAAACACAUGCUGUGCUGCACCUGUUGGUUGUAUUUGUUAAGUCAGCCUCAUGCUAGCCCAGGGAAAGCCCUGCCCCCAGAGCAGGGAGAAGUGACCUGCUUUGUCCAAUUGUUUUUCUUUAAGUGUUUGCUCUACUUGCCAUUUGCAUGAGAAAUUUGGGCUUUGUGGGGCAGGUGAAUAGUUAAAACUGAGGAUGACAGGGUCACUGGGGACCACAGCUCAUGGCUCCAGCUCUUUGAAUUGAUCUGGCCUCCAGCUGUUUUACUCCAGCACCAUAUGGGGUUAGCAGAGGCAAAAUGGAGAGGGGGGGGAGGCAGGGGUGCAUGAGGGUAAUGUUAAUACAGUUCUUGGGUUGGGAGGAGAGGGGUUGCAGAGUCCAUCCUUCCUCAGAGUCCAGUUUCUGCAUCCAUUUUCCGUGCAAUUCAUGAGCUCUUACAACAUCCCCGUGUCAGGCACCGCGGUGAUUUCACGACCCUGUGUGCUGGUGCUCAGCUGUCCCCUUGCCGCGCACAGUGCCCACGCUGUGCACAGUGCCCGUUCACAGUUCUGCCACUUGGUGUCACAUGCCGUAAAAAAGUCAGAGCCCUGAGCUGUGCCCAGGCAGAGCAGGCUCCACGGAUGCCCCAGGGCAGAGGCAGGGGUGUCCAGGGGGCUGGCAUGAGUGUGGUGUGCUGUGGGGUCUCCUUCCUGCCAUGGUGCUGGCACCUGCCAGCCUCGGAUCUUUAAUUAUGUGGAAAAAUGCAAUAACGUAAAAUCUUCAAGGAUGUGAUAAAAGCUGUCCUGGAGUCCUAAGGUGCCUUCCCCUCCAUCUUCAUGCUGCCCAGGGGGUCACCGUCCCCGUUGCAGGUUUGGGCAUGGAGACCUGCCUGAGCAGAGGCUGUGCUGUGCUCCUGUGAGGGACAAUCCCUGGGAACAGGGACCCUGAGGGAACUGCGGUGGUGAGGAUGAUGCUAGGGGCUGUGUGAGAGCUGAGCCCACCCCCCGGCAAGGUGUCCCCAGCAGGGAUUGCAAAGCCCUGGAGGCACCGAGUGUGCUGCUUCUGAAAGAGCUGCAGCCUCACCACGCCGGUGCUGGUGCCCCCAGGAGGAGAUGGGUCCCAUCCUGCUGGGAUCCUGCCGGCGAGGCUCUGUGCUCACCCCAGCACCUGGCUCCAGCUCUUUGGUGGUGGAAGGCAGCAAGGACCCACGGCUCCCCACCCUCAGCCACAGCUCCUGGUCUCCGUGCCACCACCCUGGAACCCUUCAGCGCCAGGAGCAAGCUGGAGAGCUGUGCUAUGAGCAGUCAGUGGCUGGGCUCCGGAGUUUUUCUGCCUCUGCAUUUGGGAAUGGUCUCACCACGAUGGCUGGGCACCCUGAAUCCCUCCCCCUGCCCGUGCCAUGGGGACUGCUCUGGCAGCCCCUGCCAUGUCAGGGGAUGCUGAGGGCCGGUGCUGGCCCUGGGGCUGUGCUGGGCUGUGGAGCCCCAGACCUCCUCCGGGGAAGUAUCGCCACGGGGAGAAGUGCAUGGGGACGGAGACCUGCAGGUGCUGUGUCCCCUGCCCAGAGAAGAGGGCACUGACAGGCCCUCAAAGGGCUGAGCUGCUGGGGGUGCCAGGAGCCUGGUACCCUGCAGAGAGCUUCGAGGGGUGAGAGAAGGGACAGUGGUGGGGACACUGGGCCUGCUGGGUUGCAGGACCCCCCCACCCUCUUCUGCCAUGUGCCAGUGGGGUGUGCAGCAGGGUGGCAGUGAGAGAAAGGUGCUGGGUUGCUUCACAGCCUCCUGGGCUCUCUGAGCACAAAAUCUGUGAAUGACCUUGUUUUUCACAGCAUUUUUUUUUUCCUUGGCAAUUUUUGCACUUCAAAAAUGACAAAAAUGACAGUGGACAAAGUACCUCUGAGUGCACUGGGACCCUGAGAAUUUGUGUCCCCACACAGCCUGGGGUGCUGCGGGUGAGCCGGAGCUGCACAGCCCUGUGGGGCUGGGCUGGACUGGAGGAUUCCUCUGAAUUAUUUCCAGAUGGGGAUUAAUGCAGCAAAGUGAGUUUGCCGCAGGGUAGAUAAACAAACCAAAGCUCCUCUGGAGGCUAUUAAUAAACCGGUCUGCCUGCUCCUGGGUCUGGGAACAUCCGGGAUCUGGCUGGGGGCACAGGCACGCGCUGCUUUGCUGCCUCUCAGCCUCUUUGCCAUGGGGCAGGGGUGCCCCAAGUCCCAAGAGGCAAAGGAGCCACAAGAGCAUCCCUGUUCCAUCACUGGGCAGGGUGGGAUGAGGUCCUCUGGUCCCCUGGGGUCCCUGGAGCCCUGACGGGGAGGGCUGGCACCUCCCCUCUGCAGCUCCUGCUGCGGGGCUUUCAAACAGAAGCAGGUGUAAACAGGGAGGAGGCAGACUUUGAGCCCUCCAGUGCCGGCACUGCCACGCCAAAACCAGGGCAAGCAAGUUUCAGGUGGCAGCAGCCUGGCACAUUUACCUUCCUCAUGCCUUCUUGGGUGGGGGUCACAUCCCAACCCUUCUCACUUGUGGUCUCCUGCUAGGGGCAAAGAGAGCCUGGCCAAGGGCUCCCCACCAAGAACCUCCGGGCAUGGCAGGGACAGCAUUAGACUUGCCAACAGUAUGAUUGAAGCUUUGUCCCAUCCCAGCCAGCUACGCGUCCCUGGGUCCUCUGUGCAUGGCAGGUUGCCCCGUGGGGAGGAUGAAGGCCAGGAGGUGUUUGUUUUUUUCCACCUCCCCAGGCUGCAGUGCCCACAAGCAGCUAACUGCGGGCUGGACGGAGCUGGCUGCUUACCUGGCUGGAGCGAUGCCUGGAGGGGGGAGGGAU